AAUCCUCAAAUGACCACUUCGUAAACUAGACUAUCUUAUUCACUCAACAAUUCAAUCCACUUCAUUCAAGUUAUUCAUCAUGUCGUUCCCAUUCAAAACAGUUCUCGUUGUCGGUGCCACAUCAGGCAUUGGCCUAGCCAUGGCUGAACGAUUUGUUCAGGAGGGCAAAAAGGUCAUUGCUGUUGGAAGACGGCAGGACAGACUGGACGCCUUUGUCCAAAAACAUGGAGCUGAAAUGACUGACUCUUUCGUCUUUGACAUUACCAAUACAGCUGGCUUAGAUGCCUUUGUUGCUGAUGUAACAAAGAAGCACCCAGAUCUUGACUGCGUUUACCUGAAUGCUGGCUACCAACGGCCCAUUGCACUAACGGACCCUGCCUCCGUAAAUCUGGAUGACUUUCAUUAUGAGAUCAAUCUCAACUUUACCUGCAACGUCAAUCUCUGCAUCAAAUUCUUACCACAUUUGAAAAGUUUCAAUGGCCCAUCUUGUUUAAUGAUUACUGGAACUCACAUAUCAGUUAUUCCUGCAAUGAUGGUUCCUGCGUAUAGUGCGGCCAAGGCUGCGGCGAGAGCAUUUUUCGAUUGCCUACGAGCGCAAAAUGAAGGUUCCAACGUCAGAUUUGUGGAUAUUGGUACACCUCUCGUACAGACUGAAUUACACGACUACAUGGGCGAGGAGCGCGGUCGAGCCAUGGGCAUGCCCGUCAAUGCCUUUGUAGACCAAGUAUUUGAGCAGCUAGAGCAAGGCAAAGAAGAAGUCGUGGUUGGUGUUAUCGGACUCGCUAAUAGUGACGAAUUCAAGGGCUUGCUGGAGCGCAGACACAAAUUGUUUAUGGAGCUUACCGCUUUGAUGCGUCAGGCGCAUUAAUACCGGGCAAAAGAUGGCGCAGGAUAG